AUGACAGCCAAGCAUUCCGUUCUCUUUGUUUGUCUAGGUAAUAUCUGCAGGUCUACAAUGGCAGAGGGCGUGUUUGAACACCUGGUCAAAGAGAGGGGACUGCAAGAUCAGUGGGUGAUUGAUAGUGCUGGCACAGGGGACUGGCAUGUUGGCUACCCUCCGGAUGAAAGAACCAUGAAAGUGUUGAAGAAACAUGGUAUCCAUGGAUACAAACAUAAAGGGCGACUAAUAACACAAGCAGACUUCACCACAUUCGAGUACAUAUUUGGAAUGGAUCAUGAAAACAUAUCGGAUAUCACCGAACUAGCCCCAGCAAACAGCACAGCCAAAGUUGCCUUGUUAGGAGAAUUUGAUCCACAAAAGGAACUCAUCAUAGAAGAUCCUUACUUCACUGUUAGCCGCAACAAGAAUGCCUUCAAUGAAGUGUAUGACCAGUGUUUAAGGUGCUGUGCAGCUUUUCUAGACACAGUGUCAGGCAAAUGA